ACACUGUGACGAGAUCUCUGGAAAAGCCAUUUCUGUUAACUCGAUAUCGAUUUUAAUUCGAGAAAACCAAACACCCGUCUAUUUAACCGAGCAAAGGCUGGACGUCUGCCCCUUUUCUUUCUGACGGGACCAACAUGACGGUCGGAUUCCACUGUUGUCCAGUAAUCCUCUGGUUGGCCUUGGCCGCCGUGCUGGGCUCGGUAGUCGGGCUUGGUGAGGACCUCGACCGGCCUCUGAUUGGGCCUCCAGGCUCUCCGAUCCGACUGCAGGAGUCCGACCCCGGCUUAAAGAAGGCCCUGGAGUUUGCCGAGGAGCGCUACAACCGGGGCUCCAACUCCAUGCAUCUCCGCAAAGUCAGCCGGAUCCUCUCUGCCACCAAACAGCUGGUUAAAGGCAUCCGCUACACUGUAACAGUGGAGCUGAGUAACACUCAGUGCAAGAAAACUUCCAUGCUCAGGACAUGCGACUUCUAUCCUGAGCCUCUCAAACUCAAGACGGAGGUGUGUGUGUUUGAGGUGUGGGACAUCCCAUGGCAGGGGACUUCAACUUUGCUCAAACAGAAGUGCCAGCUUAAAGCUGAACCUCAGCUAGAAGAGAUCAACAAGGUGAUGGAUGCUCCCACCAGCCAGCCUCUGGAGGAGUCUGUGGAGCUGUUGGGCCGGUUUAAAGAAUUCAUGGUGAAAUACAAUAAGGUCUAUAGCAGCCAGGAAGAGGCAGACCGUCGUUUGCGGAUCUUUCACGAGAACCUGAAAACUGCUGAGAAGAUCCAGUCUUUGGAUCAAGGGUCAGCUGAGUACGGAGUCACCAAGUUCAGCGACCUAACAGAGGAAGAGUUUCGCUCUACGUACCUGAAUCCUCUGCUGAGUCAAUGGACUCUUCAUCGACCAAUGAGACCGGCCUCUCCUGCUCGAGACCCCGCCCCUGCCAGCUGGGACUGGCGUGAUCAUGGAGCUGUCAGCCCUGUUAAGAACCAGGGUAUGUGUGGAUCCUGCUGGGCAUUUUCUGUCACAGGCAACAUUGAAGGCCAGUGGUUCCUGAAAAAUGGGACUUUGCUGUCCCUCUCUGAACAAGAGCUGGUUGACUGUGAUGGGCUGGACCAGGCGUGUGGAGGAGGGCUGCCGUCAAAUGCUUAUGAAGCUAUUGAGAAGCUGGGUGGUCUGGAGUCAGAGACCGACUACUCCUACAGAGGACACAAGCAGGGCUGUGACUUCACCACCGGGAAGGUGGUCGCCUACAUCAACAGCUCUGUGGAACUGUCCAAAGAUGAGAAGGAAGUUGCAGCUUGGUUGGCUGAGAAUGGACCAGUUUCUGUUGCUCUGAAUGCUUUUGCCAUGCAGUUCUACAGGAAGGGUGUGUCUCACCCAUUGAAGAUCUUCUGCAACCCCUGGAUGAUCGACCACGCUGUGCUGCUGGUGGGAUACGGAGAGCGUAAAGGUAUCCCUUUCUGGGCCAUCAAGAACAGCUGGGGGGAGGAUUAUGGAGAGCAGGGUUACUACUACCUAUACAGAGGGUCCAACGCCUGUGGGAUUAACAAGAUGUGCUCAUCUGCUGUAAUCAACUAAGCCACCAACAUCACAUAUUCACAGACACACACACACACACACACACACACACACUACCACCACCACACUACAUGUAUAACAUCUUUACACUACCCACAGACAUAUUUGAUCCAGACUGCAUGCUAAUCACAACACAUAAAAUCCUACUGAUGUUACUGUUCCGUUAAACCAGACUAGUGUUUCAUCUUCAUACCUCACAGCUAGUCGCAAUUUCCUAAAAACAUACCAGCUCUAAUAAAGCUAACGUUGCUGAAAAAUUUUAUGGUCAUUUAAAAGUAGAUUUCUAUUUUAUUUUAUUUUCAUUCCGUUAGUUCUGCAAGUUACAACAGUGACUGUGUUUUAUUCAGUGUUGGUUUUAGCUCAUCUUUCCUCACACUAACUAAGCUCAUGUUCGAUGAAGAUUGUGCAUUACACCUGGGAUUUGUCUUGUAUGUUAUCUCGGAUGCUUUGUUACCAGUGCAUAUAGCAAUGCUCUGUAGUACUUGAGAGGGGCUUUUACCUUAUAUUGCUCUGCACAUAAAGUGUACUACGUAGCUGCAAUGCAACUGUGAAAACUGCUGUAAGACAGAAAUGAGAAAUGAGUGAAAGUCGAAUUAAAAAGUGUGAAAUCCU